AAAAUCAUAUGCUAGCUUAGGUAAUCAUAGCCUAUGCCUUUGCUUAAUCCCCUUUUUCUUGUGAAAAAACAUUCAAGCCAAUUUUCGGGUUACAUGCUGGUUUUCAUUCCCUAAAAACGAAUGUGAAUUACUAAUACCACUAGAUUGCUAUUCAAAGAUCAGUUAAAACCUGGCCCAAACAAGACCGACCAAUAGUGAAAGUGGGCUACAGGUUUCGGGCCGGACUGGUAAGUGAUAAAACUAAAAAGCUAGAAGCCCAGAAGCAGAGAGAGUGCGAGGUACGCUUCCCGCUUCUUUAAAUUGUGGCGCCAAACAAAAACCAAAAACCAAAAACCAAAUCCCAAACUUCUGUUUUUUGUUCUUCUUUCCACCAUUUGGAAAUACCCAGAUCUAUCUCUGGAAAGUGGAGAAGGAAGUGGUCGUUGGGGAAAUACUAUCACAGAGAGAUGCUCGGAAGAGUACGAGCAUCGCCGUCGCCAUCGCCACUAGACAGCUUGGAGACUCCGCCUUCCAAGAUCAUCAAGGACGAUUCUCUCUCCAUCUACGAGGCUACACUAAUGAAGCUUAAACUAGGUUCCCAACGUUGCCUAAUUUCACCAUCAAUGGUAACGGUAACAGAAACUGAAACUGUUACGGAAACUACAACUGAUCUGAGCUCGGAGGCGAUGAAGGUUGACGCAACUUGUACUUCUGGAACUGGCUUCAAGAGUUGUCCCGACAUAUCAUCUGGUGAGGAGGUAAUGAUGAUGGAAACGGAUUGUUCUUCUGCAAGUGUUUCAAACAGUUCAAGUGAUUGCCAAUCGACAGGUAAUUUGAAUUCACAGCAACAGAGCACGAGCGUGUCGAUUCUCUACCUGUUUUCCAAAUUUAAGGGUUAUCAACGCGUUCCAACUUCAGCAAUAAGUCAUGAAGCAAUGAUGAUGGGGAAUGAGGGUUCUGCAAGGUUUUCAAGUUCUAGUGUGUCAAACCUUGAGUAGCGCCAAAAGAGCAAGGAAACCGAGAAUCUAGCAUUAGGAUUUCUUUUCCUGGGUUGUGUUAUGAAAGGAUACAAAGAACAGUAGUGCUUCAAUGGUGUUUGGGUUUACACUGUAUGUGUUGCAAAGGUUUAUCCUGAACUCUUGCUUCUGGGAGCUUGGAGUGCAAAUGAGAGGAUCUUUGGCAUCGCAGUUUCUGAAACACAGUGUUGUUGAAAAGCCAAGCAUUCAUUUUAAGGAUGUCAAACAACAACCUCAGAAAAUUUCUAACCAUAGAGAUUCUUGCAGUUGAAGCGGUGCUUCUAAGUUAGCUUAUCCUUUGCUGGACAAGGUCCUUUUCCAUCUUUUCGCAAGGGCAUUGAAGCCUUCGCUCGUUGAAUUCUGUUCGGCAGCCUGCUAUGUUUUAGUUACUGGUUAUGUUGCUUUUGUUCUUUCUCCUCAUUCAUUUUUAUCCCUUAACAAAAAUGUAGCCUUUGAAUAGCCGUGAUUCACGAGGUAGAAUAAUAGUUCAUUCUUAGCGUCUAGCUCAUCAUUGUGCCUACUCUUGCUUAAAGAGAGAUAUAAUACAACUGUUUUGAUCA